AUGAAUUAGUUGGUAGGUGUUAUGGCCAGGCUAAGCAAAAUGUACCGAUCCCGCGUGAAAUUGGCGGUAAAUAGAUAACAAAAAGAAAUUUUUUAUCAUCAAUCGCGGAGUCGUUAUCCAUUUGUCAGUUAAUUUGUCGUUAUUUGCGCACUCCUUCUCUUCAAACAACAAUACGGAAAAGCGAACCGGGGCCGUGUUCCGAACAUUUUACUCGUUCAGAGCGGUUUUACAAAAUAUCCCUGUGGGACAGUGACUGCGCGAUAUGGCGAAUUACUCCGAUGUUGAUGAUUCCAAUGAUAUCGACGAUCCCAAUGAAUUGGAUGAUCUCAAUGACACGGACGACUACCUGGACGAGUACUCGGACUCGGAAGACGAAAAAAAACUCAUACUAAAGUCAUCCGGUAUCAGCAAUGAUUAUUGUUGCAAACACAAAUGCCUGUCGACGUUCGACGACGAGUAUAAGUCGCGCAUGAAGUCUGAUCUGGCGCGGCUGGACCAGUUGACCAGAAACGUUUAUCUGUUCGCGAUGAUCUCCAUUGGUGCGGAGAAGAAGCGCUGUGGUAAGGUAAUCAAGUCUUCAAAGGCUUUUCAGUACGCUGUUAAGGAGUAUGGUGUAUUGCGGUAUGUAUGCAAAACUGCUUUUGUUCUCCUGCACGGCACAACAUUAUCGCUGGUGCGCACAUUGUGCAAGAAGAUGGCUACCAAUCAUCUGAUACCAUUAGACAACCGAGGCCGCCAUGAGAAUCGGCCUACUAUAACUAAAGAAAUCCAAGAGCAGAUAAAGAUACAUUUUUUUGAAACCUUGCACUCUCCCAAUAUUUUUAAAUGCACUAAGAAAAGACUUGGCACUCCAAACAUCAAUCAGUUGUGGUUUGAUUUUACUCAGAAAUACGGUCGCUUAGCUCGAACCACAUAUGUAAAAUACAUUUGUUCAUUAUUAACACCAGACAUUUUACAUAAAUUUAUGUGCGCAAACGAAGCAAAAGGAAUUUUAAACGAGAUUAAAGAAUUUAAUAAAAAACGCUCAAAAAAAAAAAAUGAAUUAAAUUUUUAAAUACAUAUUCUUUUAAUGAUAA